AUGCAACACCUUGCAACCGUUCUCGGCCUGUUGGCUGCUGUCGGAUCUGCCUACGCUCCCGGCAAACGCCACUUGCAUUUCCCUCAGAGCAACAGCACUCAGAUCCAGAGCCAGCUCACGACCACGGCGGCUCCCACGGCGGCUCCCACGGGCAUCAUUCUACCCUCUACCGCCCUCUCCUCCGCCAUUGCCCCCGGAAACGCAACCACGACCCAAGGAGGCAACAGUCCGGUGACCACCCGAGUCACUGAUGUUGUCACGGACAAGACCAUGACCUUGACGCUGGGCACCGGAUCCUUUGCCUCCGUCGUCACUCGAGUCUACCACGCUACCAUUCGAGAGACCAUUACCGUUCCUUGCUCUCAGGGCAAUGCUGAGCCCACUGCUUCCGAACCCACAGCUCCCACCGGAGGUGACUCCACGACUACCAUUACGGAAACAGAAACCACCAAGAUUUAUCGCACUGUCAAAAUCUCCCGCACCAAGCCGACAAACACUCCUCCUGGGAAUGGGGACGGCGGCUCCCUCGGCUACCCCAGCUCUGCUAACUGCCCUGCUGUCACCGUCACCGUCACCGCCAAGGAGUAUGUCACGAUGCCUGUCAGCGCUGUCACCACUGUUUACGUCACCAUGGGUGCCCCCUCUGCCAACUGCGGUACCUACCCUGCUCAGCCCGCUACCACCGACGACUCAUCUGGAAGUAACGGCAACGGAGGCAACCAGACGCCCCAACCCUCUCCCACGCAGCCCCCUCCUGGCACCCAUUCAGCUUCCGAUGGUGAUGAGACCACAACCCUCACGGCUACUGCUACCGUUGUUCCCUAUCCUGCGGGCAACGGCACCCACCCCAGUGGCACUGCCUACAGCAGUGGCCAUGUCGGACCCACUGGUUUCGCUCGCAUCCGUCACUAA